GCUGGGACGCAGUGGCGCAGCUGCGCGCGCAGAGGCCUGGGCGGGCGGAGGGGCCCAGGCAGCGUGUGGUCACAGUUGGCGAGCCUGAGGUCGGGCCCUCGCGCGCAGGUACUAACCGGCUGGGCAGUGAGCCUGCCGUGGCCUCCGCGGCCAGGUCUCCCCGAUGCCGGUUGGGGCUCUGGAGAGCAGAGCGGUGAGUGGGCCCGGGCCGCGAGUUGGGUAGGAGGCCGACGAGCCCGUUCGGCCCGCGGGCGGAUGCGGCAGCGGAGGCGGUGAUGGACUCUCUAGAGGAAGAGAGCUUCGCGCUGUCCUUCUCUUCCACUUCUGAUGCAGAAUUUGAUGCUGUGGUUGGAUAUUUAGAGGACAUUAUCAUGGAUGACGAGUUCCAGUUAUUGCAGAGAAACUUCAUGGACAAAUACUACCAGGAGUUUGAGGACACAGAAGAGAAUAAACUCACUUACACACCCAUUUUUAAUGAAUAUAUCGCUUUGGUGGAGAAGUACAUCGAAGAGCAGCUGCUGGAGCGGAUUCCUGGAUUUAACAUGGAGGUUUUCACAACUACUUUACAGCACCAUAAAGAUGAAGUCGCUGGUGACAUAUUUGACAUGCUGCUCACGUUCACAGAUUUUCUGGCUUUUAAAGAAAUGUUUCUGGACUAUAGAGCAGAAAAAGAAGGCCGGGGGCUGGACUUAAGCAGUGAUUUAGUGGUGACUUCGUUGUGCAAAUCAUCUUCAAUGCCAGCUUCCCAGAACAACCUGCGGCGCUAGGUCCCACCUCCAGGCAAUGGGAUCCUUUUGGGUUUUGCCAACCCAAUAGACUAGGAGAGGCUUUGGCUAAUGAUGACAGAAUACACCUUGGAAAGACUGACUCUGUUCUGCAGUUCUUUAAUGUUAAGCAUUGAUGGAUCGAAAAGAAAAUUACCUGACCCUCCCUGGGACCUAUUUCUCCUGAAACACCUUCUGUGCUCAGUUACCCUAGUGCUCCUCCCUGAGUAGACCUCUCUUGCAGGGGUUUCUGCAUGAGGCUCCUCUGGAGCAAACCCAAGUCCAGCAUUCCCCCUGCAGGGCCCCUUCCCCAGCUUACAUGUUGGUGUGUCAGCAUUUGGACAAACCGCCAUUACAUACUGUCUCUGGCCCAGCAGGCUUUGCAUGUCCUACCAGGCUUUUUGUGCACUCAAAGUUUGUUAUAUGCACCAAAGUUUCUAUCCUCCAGCCUCAAUGGGGUUUUUGACUGGGAGUAUUUAUGAGGGUGUUCCUCAAGCCAGCUGUCUGUCUUGAGAUUUCUGAAGCUCCUGCUGUCACAGCUAGUCUUGGCUAUAGGAAUCAAUGGAGAUGUCCUUUAGAAGCUACACAUUCCUACUCUUACAUUUGUAGUCCUUGUGUCACUGUCUUCUGCUGGUCCUGAUGUAGUCCCACUGUUCCUAGAAUUCUUUAAGCAUUUUUGAAAAGAUAUUUUUAUAGUCGUAUACUCAGGCUAACCUAGUGGAUAUAAUCUUGGAACUUCCAUGAUUACCCACUUAAAGAUCAAAGUAUUAUAUGCUGUAUGCUUUUCAGUUGUCGGUGCUGUGAACACAGAAAUUAUUGCUAUGUUGGUAUUCCUAUUUAACUGGGCACCAGUAAAUAUGUGUUACGCUGGAAGUAGACAAAAAAGCACCCUUUUCUUGUAGCAUGUUAAGUGUUUGUGAAGAUGUGCUAAAACUCUGUGUCAAUCAGUUCAUUAGUUUUCUGUUGGGGUAGGGAUGCUGCAGUACCUUCUGGCAGAAUCUUCCUACCGAGAUGGUGCUGCACUGGUUUAGCUCUGCCCAAGCAGGAGACAGCAGACAGCUUUAACCGAACCUGUCUGCUUUGACUUAGUACAUCAGUAUAGUACAGUGUUUGACCAGAAAACACGGAUGUCACAUCCCUAGAAAGAAGAAAAACUUAGUAGUUCAUUUCCCACUGUGUACCUUAGUUUUGUUUUGUUUUUGUUUUUUGGUAAGUUAAAAUAAUCUGUACUGACUUUUUCACUUUUCUGGCUUAAAAGUAUGAGCUCUCAGAUGUGUUUUUCUGUACUGACGUGGCACUUAUUAAAUACUUUUGUACCAUGAGUAAAAUUUGAGGUGUUUUGCAAGAAC